UGAAGUAUGAGAACAGUGAGGACAAACUUAGCCUGCCUCUCUCCUUCCACAGUGAGUCCAAACCUACAGUCACUGGGUCCUGAUUGUGACAGUGGAGCCCAGUUUGCACUGCAGGAUCCAGAGAUGUCAUCAGUGAAGCUGGAAGACUGCAGUCAAACACUGGAGCUGAAUGUCAACAUUAAAGAUGAAGAAGAGGAGGAGAACAUUGGGAAAUCUGUUUCUCAUGGAGAUCAUGUUGAGACAUUCUCUACAUCCAGAAAGCAACAGCAGGAAGAUCACAGAGCUAAGAGGUCUCACCACUGCCCACAUUGUGAGGAGAUUUUCCCAAUUCUAUCAAAGCUAAAAAUACAUACAGGAGAGAAUCAGUAUUUCUGCACUGACUGUGGGAAGAAUUUCACAACAUCAAGGGCUAUGACAGUUCAUCAGAGAGUACACACAGGAGAGAAGCCUUACUCCUGCUCUGACUGUAGGAAGAGUUUCUCUCAAUCGAGCCAUCUAAAACAACAUGAACGUAUACAUACAGGAGAGAAGCCUUACUCCUGUUCUGUCUGUGGAAAUAGUUUCUCUGGACUGGGAAAUCUAAAACAACAUGAACGUAUACACACAGGAGAGAAGCCUUACUCCUGCUCUGACUGUGGAAAAUGCUUUACACAAUCGUCUCAGCCAAAAGUUCACCAGAGAACACACACAGGAGAGAAGCCUUACUCCUGUUCUGUCUGUGGAAAUAGUUUCUCUGGACUGGGAUAUCUAAAACAACAUGAACGUAUACACACAGGAGAGAAGCCAUACUCCUGCUCUGACUGUGGAAAAUGCUUCACAACAUCAACUGAGCUAAAAGUUCAUCAGAGAACACACACUGGAGAGAAGCCUUAUUUCUGCUCUGACUGUAGGGCGAGUUUCUCUCAAUCGAGCCACCUAAAACGACAUGAACGUAUACACACAGGAGAGAAGCCUUACUACUGCUCUGACUGUGGAAAAUGUUUUAAAUCAUCAGCUGAGCUAAACAGUCAUCAGAGAACACACACAGGAGAGAAGCCUUACUCCUGCUCUGACUGUGGAAGGAGUUUCUCUCGACUGAGCAACUUUAAAAAACAUGAACGUAUACAUGAAGGAGAGAAGCCUUACUCCUGUUCUGACUGUAGGGUGAGUUUCUCUCAAAUGGGCCAGUUAAAAAGACACCAAGGUGUACAUAAUAGUAGCCUCAUCAGUUCUCUCAGACCAGCUAAGAUUAGUCACUCCACUUAAUUCUCAUCUCAUAAAAUAAUUGGCAACAUUGAGUUGGAUCAAAUGAAGAAAGUGUAGAACACUAUUGUAAUCCUAUUGUUUCUCACUGUGAGAACAAGGCAGAGGAAAGGGAGUGUCAUAGAAUGUUAGCCUCUUUUUACUGAUCAGUGUACAUCUUGUCAGUUUUGCUGUGUUUUUUUAGCCCGCGUCCAUAGAGACACAUACCAGCUCUACUAGUACUGCACCUGUCGACGACACAAGUUGUUCUGCUUCCAUGAGCACAUCCAAUGCUAGCAUCAGUAAUUCUACAUUUGUUGUUUGCCCAGCUAGCAUGGACACUGACAGUUGUGAUUCUGAUGCAGCCGAAGCGCUACUGCCCCUUUACCCGGGAAAGCACCGAACAACAGACGGAUGUUGGACCAUCGAAGAGGUGCAUUUUGGUGAGAACUACAUUGAUUUGGGGUUCACUUAUAUUGGGAAUAGUGCCUUUCCUCAGCCACAGUGUGUUUUAUAUCUCACAACUCGAUGAAACCUUCACUCUUGCGCAGACAUUUAGAAACAAAACAUGCCAAUUUGAAAAAUAAGCCACAGGAGUUUUUUGAGCGAGAGUUGAGACGACUUUCCAGUAGUAAGACAUGUAUAAACCAACAGAUGCCAUUAAUAAGAAGGGGCUAGAAGCAUCUUAUAUUGUGAGCUACUGAGUGGCCAGGACAGGCAAGCACCAUACUAUUGUGGAGGACUUAAUUAUUCCUGCUUCCGCGGAUAUGGCUGGGACAAUGCUGGGGGAAAAUGCCCCCAAAAUUAUACCGUUUCAUGACGCAUCAGUGACAUGGCAGAUGUUUUGAAACAAUUACUGCUUCGCAUACAAGCCAGUGAAUUCAGCUGGAUGAGUCAACAGACGGGCCUGGCACAGCUCCUGGUAUGUCUGUUACGUUUUUGGGGGGUC